AUGUUGAAUCUGAAGAUCCUCGCGACCUCGUUCCUCCCUCUCCUCCCGACCCUGGUGAGCGGAUAUGCCAAUCCCGGGGCCUGCUCAGGGACUUGCGUGAACACGCACGACCCCUCGAUCAUUCGCCGCUCCGAUGGCACAUACUUCCGCUUCUCGACGGGCGGCAAGAUCGCCAUCCACACUGCGCCAGACAUCACGGGACCAUGGACUUACAAGGGAGCUGCUCUGCCGGACGGCUCGAGCAUUGACCUCGCUGGCAAAGACGACCUCUGGGCACCCAGCGUCCACCAGAUCGGAAGCCUGUACUACCUUUACUACUCGGUGAGCACGUUUGGGUCGCAGAACUCGGCAAUUGGACUGGCGCGGUCGUCGACGAUGGACGUGGGCAGCUGGACGGACGUGGGAAGCACGGGCAUCAAGUCGGACUCGUCGAAGCCGUACAACGCGAUUGAUCCGGCGCUGAUCAACGCCGACGGCACGUACCUCCUCACUUUCGGGUCGUUCUGGAAGGACCUGUACCAGGUGCCGAUGAAGACCACGCCGACGGCUGCAAGCGGGUCGGCGUACCAAGUGGCGUACGACCCGGUCAGCACGGCGGAAGAGGGCCCGUUCAUCUUCAAGUACGGCAGCUACUACUACCUCUUCUACUCCAAGGGCAAGUGCUGCGGCUACGACAGCUCCAGGCCGGCGGCGGGAGAGGAGUACAAGAUCAUGGUCUGCCGGUCGUCCAAGGCCACGGGCGGAUUUGUCGACAAGAGCGGAACAUCGUGCACCAACGGAGGCGGGACAGUCGUUUUGGAAUCGCACGGCAACGUUUACGGACCCGGAGGCCAAGGAGUCUACGACGAUCCCACAUACGGGCCGAUUCUCUACUAUCACUACGUCGACACGACCAUCGGAUACGCCGACGGCCAGAAGCAGUUCGGGUGGAACAAGAUCAAUUUCUCCAGCGGUUGGCCGGUCGUGUAG